GGGCUGAAGAACGUGGUGGGCCGGCCGCGGCCCAACCUUUUGGCGCGGUGUCUCCCGACAAGGCCCACACACCCCCUGCAUGAUCCUCCCAGGGCCUAUCGACCAUUGGUCUGUGCACGCAGACCAACAUGGCGGUUUUAAACGAGGGGUUCCGCAGUUUUCCCUCGGGACACACGUCUCUGUCGUUUGCGGGGAUGACCUACGUGAUGUUUUUUCUGGCCGGCAAACUGCACGUGUUCGACACCAAGGGUCAUGCGUACAAGUCAUUUGUUGUUUUUGCGCCGUUACUGGUCGCUGCCAUUGUUGGCGCCACGAGGUGUCGGAUUACUGGCAUCAUCCGACCGAUGUUAUUGCUGGGGCGCUGAUUGGGUUUUGGACUGCGGUGUUUAGCUACCAUCAGUACUACCCGGUGUUGUUCUCACACCGCAGUGAUAUGCCGUUUGACCCAAGGGGCCCGCCGGUUUCGUGCUGCCGCUGCAUGUGGAAAGGGAGAGGCAGGAGGAGCGCAAUAUCGCUUUGUCGCCGAGAAGCAGCAGUCCAGGCUGGUAGACGAGCUUUCUACAGCCAGAGCCAACAGCGCGGCGCCGCUCCUUGUCGACAACUAAUAGACCGAGUUUAUAUUUAUACAAAUACAAAUGCAUUCAUAUGCUUUGCAAUAUACAAAUAGCGCAGUAUUAAUAAUUAAUUGCAAUAUUUUUAUUAAGGUCCAUCAGCAAAACAAAAACAAGAAAAGUUUUACUUGUUCAAUUGCUGGCUUUUCCACAAAAAAUAGUGUUUUUUUCCCAGACCGCGGAAGUAUUUUAUUUAAUCUCUAGAGAAUUUACUUGAUGGGGGCGGGGUUCAUGCGGCGCUUGCCUCCGGGAGGAGGGUGACGUUGACGAAGCGACGGUUGUACUUCUCACGCUUGCUGGCGCGGCCAGUGAGCUUCUUGCCUUAUCCUGAGCCUCGACCUUGGGCGUCUGAUUCUUGACCUUACCGGCACGAGCAAGGGAUCCGUGAACUUUACCCUAAAAAUGGAGGAAAAGGUGUUUGUAAAAAUACAGUUAAGGAUUAGCUCAAUUGCAAUCUUCUGAAGCAUUGUAUCACGCAAUGUUAUCGCAAGAAAAACAUCCGAAAG